GAGAGCUGUCAUUGUUAGUAAUUUCAGUGUGGUAUCUCCCCCAGCUCUUUAAUUUUAUAAUUUUCCUUAGUGUUAGCGAAUAAAAUGGCUAAAACUUACGACUAUUUAUUUAAAUUAUUGUUAAUCGGUGACUCAGGUGUCGGCAAAACAUGCAUCCUAUUCCGCUUCUCAGAGGACGCCUUCAAUACAACGUUUAUUUCCACAAUUGGAAUCGACUUCAAGAUCCGCACCAUUGAGCUCGAUGGCAAGAAGAUUAAACUACAGAUAUGGGACACUGCUGGUCAGGAGCGUUUCCGGACGAUAACAACCGCCUACUAUCGUGGUGCAAUGGGCAUAAUGUUGGUGUAUGACAUCACACAGGAGAAAUCAUUUGAGAAUAUCAAGAAUUGGAUAAGAAAUAUCGAGGAGAAUGCGUCAGCAGAUGUGGAAAAAAUGCUCCUGGGCAAUAAAUGUGAGCUAAAUGAGAAGCGUCAGGUGACGAAGGAUCGAGGGGAGCAAUUGGCUGUUGAGUAUGGGAUUAAGUUUAUGGAGACAUCGGCAAAGGCAAAGAUAAAUGUGGAGGAGGCUUUUUUCACACUUGCCAGGGAUAUUAAAGCAAAGACGGAAAAACGACUGGAAGCAAAUAAUCCUGUGAAAGGGGGCCAUAAACUCAAGGAAGCAGAAACUGUGAGAAAACCCCACAAUUGGCUCUCAAGAUGUAGUCUCCUCUGACCUGGAUACCAUCCCUUCACAGUCCACAUCUCUCUUUCCAUCUCCCUCCUCUCUCUCCCCAGUCAUCUCGCAAUCCAACUUGUCCAGUGAAGUCUCAAUUUUACUUUGCGAGUCUCAGCAACAUCACGCACACUUUUCCCUCCCCCGGAAGCACCAAAUUCUCAUCCCAGGGAUUCCUCUGGACGAGGUAGGUCAUCCCAGUGACAAUUCACUCAAUCCCCUUGUCCAUAUUCGAGUGACCUUCAAUCCCACAGACUCCCACAAUUCUGGGAAAUUGUGACUUCAGGACAGUUAUCUCAAGAGUAACUCCCGGUGCCCACGAGAGAGAGACAGAGAGAUUAAAAUUGAUAUACCAUGAAUUUACAAGGAAAUAGCGAGAGAAAUGAUAAAAGACGAUCACAUUUAUAAUUUAUUUUUUAGAAAGAAAGAAAAAAAAAACAUGAAGAGAGAAAUAGCUACUUA